AUGCUUUCCGAUACGUGGGAGAAUGGAUGUCAUGACAAGGCAUUACGAAAGACCCUCUUCCGCGACCUCUCCUGUAUGAUGAUAGCCCUGACACGAACGCCACUUCAGAGAAUCGGCUCUUUUAUCUUGGAUGACACAGGGCAUUUGAGACUGAGUAACCGGCCUCUAACCCUUCAGAUCCCAUUCCUCGAAAACGAAGGCAUCCCAAUUGACAUGUCGCGACGAGUUACCCACUUAAGGGCAGACUCAUACAUAAAUGAUAUCCUUGCAUUUCAUGAUAGCCGUUUUCGUCACCAACCCAAUGCUGUUAGUAGUCUUCAGGAUGGUCUUUAUCAGGCAUGUGCGUUAUCGGUCAUGAGGAGUGUCUGGCCUUGUUUCUUCCGCCGUGACUUUUUCAACGGACCUUUCUUCAUGCAUCUCACCGAUCUCCACCAAAGCAAUAUACUUGUCGAUGAAGAUUGGAAUAUCAAGUGCCUUCUUGACCUUGAAUGGGCUUGCUCUCACCCGGUGGAAAUGAUUCAUCCUCCGCACUGGUUGUCGAAUGAUCCUAUUGCCACAAUCAGACUGGAUGUAUACGAGGGCAUCCAUAAGGAGUUCAUGGAGGUGCUGAAAGAAGAAGAAUACGCAAGUACCAGAGAAACACAGCCUCUUGUUCAAUUGCAUACCGUUCUACAGCAAGGGUGGGACCGUGGAACAUUCUGGUGCUCUCUAGCACUCAACACUCCUAUGGCGUUGUUUGGAAUCUUCUACGAUCAUAUCCAACCACACUUCUCCCAGUCUCAUAUGGACGAUGAAGCGUUCUGGUCGAUCACGAUGCCAUAUUUGACGUUUGAUGCGUUCAAAUUUCUCGACAAAAGGCUUGAAGACAAGAAGCAAUACGACAAUCACCUGCGGGAAGCAUUUGCGGGGCAUAUUGGUCCAGCCAUCUGCUCAUCUGACUAA